CACAACUAGGGGAGCCAGGAGCAUCAGAACACGCCGGAUUAAAGGAGAGGACACAUACGCUCGGCAGCCUGCUGAUGAGGGGCCCACUGACCACACAGAACCAGAACUGCUACCGGCAGCUCAUCGAGAAGGAGGCCUACACCCGGCUAGCCUGGAAGAUCAAGUAUGGUCAGGAAUACCCCAGCCGGAUCGCUGCCACGUUCAGGGCAGCGAAAGAGCCGGGGCUCCCAAACGUCCCUGCGGCCGAAACUAUCCUGCCACCUAUAGUAAAGAGGGAAGCGCCGGCAGUCCCAGAACCCAAACUGGAUCUGAAGCUCAAGGCACCACUCAUGAGGCCGGUCACUCCAGAAACCAGGGAGACUCUGUACGACGGCAUCUCCACUGAGGGAAAGGGCCGGGCCUUGUAUCUGAGGCGGCGUCUGGGGAAAGGUCCGGAAGAGAAAUUUGAUCAUCCUCAGCUAUCGUCCUGGGAGUACGGCUGGAAACUGGGUGAUUAUGGGAUAGACUACAGAUCUCCAGUCAGUGGAAGAUCAGGAAUCGUAAGGAGCUCAUUCUAUGCCAGAAACGGAAUAUUUAACGUUCCUUCUUCGACAGAUUGGCUCGGGUCAUUUUGUUAGUUUUUUUUUUUUUUUUAUAUUUACUUUAACAAUUAAUAUUACAUUUUGGUGUAGAUCCGUUUGAUGCAGUGUUUAUUUUAGAGUGCAUGUCUCGCAGUGUUAUGAGUUCUUAAAUUUGUAGAGUUAUUACAAAAACUUUCCUAUUGAAAAAUGUGCUUAAAAAAAACUGAAUAAAUCUUAAGUGGAUGUGA